UGAAACUAGUAUUCUGUGAAGAAAAUGAAUGUUAAGAGUGUGUAGAACUAGAUUUGAAAUUAUAGUGUAAUUUAUUAGAAAAAAUUAUGGAUUCAUUGCCGUCGAAGGCCGAUAUGGAACUGAUUUUUCACAGAUUAAAAGCUCUGCCUGCUAAUAAAUCGUGUUUCGAUUGUGGAGCAAAGAACCCCACCUGGGCCAGUGUAACAUAUGGUAUAUUCAUAUGCAUUGAUUGCUCCGCAGUCCAUCGAAGUUUAGGUGUUCAUUUAACAUUUGUCAGAUCAACACAACUUGAUACAAACUGGACCAUGCAGCAGUUAAAACAAAUGCAACUAGGUGGUAAUGCGAAUGCUAUGCAGUUCUUUUCGCAACACAACUGCAAUACAAACGAUGCCCAGAAAAAAUACAACUCAAGAGCUGCCCAGUUAUAUAGGGAAAAAUUAAGCUUUGCAGCGCAAGCAGCGCUCAGAGCCGACGACAAGCUUCAUUUCCAUGAGGACAAAGAAGAGAAGUUCGUUGAAAAAGAGACACCCGAUUUUUUCGCCGAGCAUGAAAAUUUUGAUAUAACAGAAAGUGAAAGUCUGAGUGCCCAAAGUCUUGAAAAAUCUCAAUCCAAGGAAGAGAUAAAAAUUCCAGAGGGUGAAGGUCCAAAAGUAGAUUUUGGCAGUCAUAUCAAAAGUGAAUCAACAAAAUCGAACAUUACAAGCAGAAAACCGGCUGCGAAGAAAACGAUGAUGGGCGCUAAAAGGGCGGGAGGCUUAGGCGCCACCAAGGUUAAAGCCGAUUUUGCUUCCAUCGAGCGAGAAGCUGAAAGAGCGGCCGAGGCAGGUCGUCGGGAUCGUGAGGAAGCGGCAAGCAUAGCUCGUCUAGCCACUGAAAACGCCGAGCGGGCAGAAGCCGCUCUCAGAUUGGCUUACCGAGAUGCAACUGAAGAAGUAAAACGUCAGGGCGGUCCGCCUUCUAAAGUUAACCAGAUCGAACGACUCGGAAUGGGCGUUUCUAGUAGGGGAGUCGGUAAAGGUGUUUCUCAUUCCGCAUUGAGCGACAUGAAAGUAAUUGAACAGGAAAAACCUGUGCCCGCGUCCAUAAAAACGUUGGAUACCCUAGGUCGGUUAAAUUUGAGCGAGAGCUCGGACCCAUUCGAAGAUUACGUCAAUGGGGUUGGUAUUUACUCGAAAGAGUCUAGCUGGGUUGUGGUAGAGGAGUCGCCAUCAAGGCCCGCCGAGCCGGAAAGGGCUCCGACUCGCGAAAAAAGUAGUAGUCGGUAUCCGGUUGAGUUUACCCCUAGCACGGACGAAGCCCAAAGAAAAUUUGGCAAUGCCAAAGCCAUAUCGUCGGACCAAUUCUUCGGAGACAACAGUGCCGAUAGCGAGGCCAAGGCUAACCUUAAUCGAUUUCAAGGCUCGAGCAGUAUAUCGUCGGCCGAUUUCUUCGGAAGAAACGAAGAUGCCGCCCGGGGGGCUCACAAUUUGCCCGCCUACGACAUCGAAGACGUCAAGGAAAGCGUUCGCCAGGGGGUCACCAGGGUGGCCGGUAAAAUUGGCUCGCUGGCCAACGGUCUCAUGUCGUCCAUUCAAGAUCGUUACGGUUACUAGCAGAAAUCGAAACGGCGGCUGCCCGAUAGCCUCACGGCUGACACUUUCGACGUUCGUAGCUGCUCGAUUUUGUAUAAAUAUAUAGGUAAAAUCAAUUCUACGAUAAUUAUCAUUUGUAUUUAAUUUUACUUGAGCCAGCGUUCAGCAGCUUCUGUAAGGGUCGGUGUCCAUAGAAUAUUCUCUUUCGGUUAGUUAUUGCAUGUUCGAACGAAUUUGUAUUCUCUGUAUUUGUAAAAUAAAGCCUCUGCAAUUUUAUUUUAAA